AUGAUUAAGAAAUUAGAAUUGCAGAUAAGAUUGAUUGGUAAGGUUUCUACUUGGCUUAAUCUCCAGCUUAUUUCUACCGAGACCCCUAGACUUGGACUCCACUCAACGCUUCAUUGGAAAAAACCUCCAGUUGGUAUUUUGAAGUGUAAAUUGGCGACGUCGUGGAUAGAUCCUCUUCAGCAGCAUGGCUCUGCUUGGAUUGUGCGGGACUCUCAUGGCGUACCAGUCUUUCAUAGUAGAGGGGCCUUUGCUCCUACAAACUCUAAGCUAUUGGCAGGUUUGAGUACUUUCAAAUGGGCUGUAGAAGCGCUACUUGAUCUCCGAGUCAAAAGAGUGUGCUUUGAAAUAUCUUCUUCGGAGACAUGGAAGGCUUUGACUUCACCUUGGCUCUUCCCCAAUUUAUCGCUUGACAUUUCAAGAAUCUUGCGGUUGAUGCAUAAUUUUGAUCUUUGCCAGAUAAUGGUAGUAUCGGAUCAGACUAAUUUCGUCGCUACUGAGAUUGCUUCAAGCGUCACCAAAGAUGGAAGGUACCAAUCCUACAUUGCAACUGGUGGCCCUCGCUGGCUCUCCUCUAAUAUCAGAUCUGAAGCUGCUGGCAUCGUGCAAGUGUAA